AUGUCCGAGAGAACAAUCGUUGCCGAUUAUUUUCAAACAGCCAGGGACAGCUGUCUCGAGACAACAGUCGUCGCAAUUAAUGGACAAUUUAUGCAGAGUUUCGUUGCGAGCAGUGUGAAAGUGGAACAAGCAUUGAAUAGUAGUAGCAGAAAUGGUAUAAACACGUUUGAGCCGAUGAACGACUUUUGCAGUGACCUGUAGGUUCCGCGGGAAGACGAGAGGAAAAAGAAAAGAAAGGAAUGCAAUUACGUCGGCCACAUACUGCCGGUGUGGUUGGCGGUGGGGGGGCGGUAUGACGCGCGGGGGCGGCCGCAAAAGCCGACGACAUAUUCAUGCGUGCGUUAUUAUGCGAGGGAGCCGUGAGUGCACUCGAGAGAUACGCGCACGCGUUCCACGACGUCCAAUUAACCGUACGCAUUUCGACACCAAAGGAAUUUCACGCGCGUGGCCGCAUAAAUUUCCCAAGAUUCACUUCCGAUACGCUCAAACACGGCAAUUCUGCUCGCGUUGCUAAGAAAUAAAACAAAGCACUUUAGUAAGCAUGUUUAUAUCCUUGAGAUUAGGCGCACCUGUUUCAGAGCGCGUUGACAUUACAUUAAUGUAAUAUAUAGGGUGGGCCAAAAAAUCACUUCCUGCUAAAAUAAA